UGCGCUCUGCCUUUGACCUUUCUCUUUGAGGAGCUGCUAAACAGAGCUGGAAGGCCUGGCUCUGAGCUCAAAACUAACCACGUCACAAAGGGCUUUGGCGCUGCACUUUUCGUUAGACCUCCACUUGUGGAAGUGGUCUGGGUUGGAUCACUCGGGCUGUCGAGGCAUUGAACUGUUUUGGCAGGAGACGUGGCUUUGUAGCAACGCACACAGGUAAUUUGCAGGGGGGAGCUAGCCCACUCCUGCCUUCCUUGCAUAUCCACAGCUUGCAUUUGCUUGGAGAAUUGCAGCUAAGCAGAAGAUAACGGCUCAACAUUCAGGAGCUAUGGAUGGACCAGGAGUGCUGUCUGGACUUGGGUCGUGGGGGGCUGAGAACAGAGGCUUGAGUGCAUUGUCAGGCAGGUUGGAAGUACAGCAGAUGGGGAUUUCUGGUGGCGGGAUGCAUACUUCGAUCACGGCGAUGCAGAGGCUCAGAAACAGAGAAACCCUGGCCCGUUUUUUCUGCUUGAAUCUGCAACGCGCUUAUUUUUCUGGUUCUCAUUUACUUGGUCGGUCGUCUCCUUCGAAGCGUUGUUUCAACUGCACAAUGAUGUGGAUUCGGAUUUGAGCGUCUUGUGUCACAGCAAACCCCAGACCUUCUAGACAUACAAGCCCGUUGCCCCACGUAAAGUACCCACAAAGCAUCCGAAUUAACACUUUGCCUCGGAACGACCGCAGCUAAUUAGAGUUAACUGCCAUUUAAGCCUCGUGUGUUUUGAUGCGAGUCAUAUAUCCCAGACCAAUCAGCACCGGAUUAAAUCUGUUUUUAACCUGAGCAUGCUGCUCUUUGGAUCAGCAUGUCUGACUCUCAUUGGUUUGGGUCACAGGCAAAAUAAAGGUUGAGUCUGAAGGUAGAAAACCCACCAGAUUGGGACUUGAGGGUUCAGGGAAGCUGGAAAUAGCAGUAAGGCUAUGCUUUCACCUGUGUCUGUGGCUCUGGAUGUGAUGUUGGUGAUCCAUUUUAAAAGGGAUGUUGAAAUAUUAUGGGGGACAUAGAAAAGAAACUCUUCAAGGGAUAAAGCAAAUGCCGGACGGCGGGAGACUUAAGCUUAGCUUGUUUUUUUCCUUUAAUGAGAAAGAAGAGGUAACUUAAUGGUUUAUAAAGCCAAUACCAGGUGGUCAAAUCUCCUUUAAUAUAGUAGAGAAAGGCUGAUGAAGGACUCCUGGGCUGGAAGCUGAAGUGCUUCAUCUUCCUGAAGUCCUUCAUCUUCAUAAGAUGUACAGUUUUUCCUGACGUGCCCAUUUUCAUUUGUCGUCUGUCAUUUCUAUUUCUAUGUGGUAUCAUCAUGCUGGAAGACUUUGUGCCUCCAUCAGCAUCCUAGGAAUUGUAUUUCCAGUGAAUUACUGCUUAGAAACAGCAGAGGAAGCCCCAAAUGUUGCGUUUAGCGCAAAUGACAGGACCCGGGAGCACGCUGUGAUUACAGGGGACACUUGGGAGCAGAGCAGCUGCCGUGUCGGAGCCGACCUUUAGACCUAAGCUGGCUCUGCAAAUGCCACUGAUUCAUGCCCUGACUUCGCCUCUCGGUUGCCAUGGCCAAAUUAGAGACCCUGUCAGUUCUUAGUGACCCAAGCUACCAGAGCCAGGAGACUUUCCACUCUUUUGCCUCUAGGUCCUCUGAAACCUCCUCCCAAAGCACUAUGGGAAGCGUUGGCAGCGGCGUCGCCAAUGAGCAGGAGUUUGCCAUGAAAAGCGUGGGGACCAGGACUCAGAGCAGCAGCAGGCAGGCAGAUGGCUCUCGAAAUGGCUAUUCCACACGGGAGAUCUCCAACCGUUACUCCGGGGAGGAGAAGACGUACAAGACUGAGAAGAUCUCCAACUCUCUCUACAUCAACGGGGAUUUACGCAAGAGUGAGAAGCUGAAGACAGACAUUUGUGGGAACGUGACCACCAAUAACGAGAAGAACAUGCCACCUCCUCCCCAGUACAGAGAACCCAGUAAUCCACCAAAGAUAUUGCCGAUCUCUGGGAAAUUGGACCAGAGCAAUGAGCCCUUAGUUAGACCUUCAGCCUUUAAACCAGUAGUUCCUAAAAACUUCCAUUCCAUGCAGAACCUCUGCCCGCCGCAGAACAAUGGAGUGGCAGAGAACAGGAAGAGCCUGAAUCACACCAACAGCAAUAGCCCGUCUGUGGUCAAAAGUGGGCUUGACAAGACCAGCCUGAAUAGGACUACAAACCAAGUGGGAGGGCUUUCUGAUUCUGGCCGUAACUCUCUGACCAGCUUGCCCACUUACGGGACAGGCUACAGCCAACACGUUGGUCCCAUGAGCGCUUCAACGAGUCACAUCAACCGCAUUGGCACAACCUAUGUGGAUAAGAACAUUGUGGGAUACAAUGGGAUAUCUACCUCAGACAGCGGCCGGUCUUCGAGCAAGAGCACUUCUUCCUUCAAUAGACUCAACCAUCUUAAUGAAACAAUGCCUUUCCAUUCACCCUCGACAGACGACAUUAUCCAAGACCUGGAAGACAGGCUCUGGGAAAAGGAACAGGAGGUCCUCCAGAUGAGAAGAAACCUAGACAAAAGUGAGGCUGCUAUCCUCCAGGUUUUCGAGGAGAAGCAAAAGAUUUGGGAGCGUGAGAUGGAGGACCUCAGGCAAAAUUAUGCAAACAAACUGCAGCAGGUCUCCAAGAAGGCCCAAAGGGCUCAGCAAGCCUUGCAACUCCAAAUUUUCAAGCUCCAGCAGGAGAAGAAGAAGCUCCAAGAUGAUGUGGCACAGCUUCUCCAGCAGCGAGAAGAGCUGGAGAAAAAAUUUGUGGCGUUCAAGAAAGAGCAGGCUGAGUUUCUUCCCAAGAUUGAAGAAACCAAGUGGGAGGUGUGCCAGAAGGCUGGCGAGAUCUCCCUGCUGAAGCAGCAGCUGAAGGACUCCCAAGCGGACGUGUCCCAGAAGCUAAACGAGAUCGUGGGACUGCGGACACAGCUCAAGGAAGGGAAGAACUUCCUGCGGGAGAAGGAAGAGCAGAUCCUCACCCUGAAGGACUCCUACAGCUCCAAGAGCGUCAACCUGGAGAUCUGCGAGAACGAGCUCCAGAGGAAGAUGAACGAGGUGCAGAUGCUAAGGGAAAAGCUGAACCACUGUGAACUCAGGGUCUCCGGCCUCAAGCAGACGCUGGCCAGCAUGGGCCACCCAGGGCCUUUCCCCCCUGAACUCAGUGAGAAGCUCCAGGACCCGCUGGCCUGCGAGAGCGACGAGGCCAAGAUGAAACGCCAGAACGAGGACAGCAUCAACAUCCUGAAGAAGGAGGUCGAGCGGCUGCAGACAGAGCUGAAGCUGGAGCGCCAGCAGCGGGGGCAGCAGGUGGUGGACUUUGAGGAGGAGCGACGCACCUGGCAGGAGGAGAAGGAAAAGGUGAUCAAGUACCAGAAGCAGCUGCAGCUCAACUACGUGGAGAUGUACCAGAAAAACCAGAUCCUGGAGCACAAGGUGAACGAAAUGACCAGCAAGACGACCAGCUCGCCUCACAGCGAGGACAAAAAACCCUGGACUCCCUCCCGGCUGGAGCGAAUAGAGUCCACCGAGAUCUGACGAGGCACCCAGACCGUCACGACCGUGCAUGUGCGACCUACUCCCGCCAGCGAUCGUCCGAGGGAUGAUGUGCUCGGAGAGGUGUGAGCUUGCCUGCGACCAACCCCUCCACCCUGACUCAGUUCUUCAGUGCUCCUUAGGUAACAGACCCGUGGGUGUAUGUUGUUAUACUCUGACACGCAUCUGUUUUUCUAGUACAGCUUUUUCGGCCCUUUUGGAAUAUGCCGUGACUGUUACUUAUUCACUUGCUGCCAUCCUCUUUCCCCCGCCGCUCACGCCCCUUGGGGUUGUUUUUUUAUUUCUUGGUUGCAUUUCUUCCUCCUCUUCUUUUUUUGAUAAGUCUUUGCGGUAAAAUUAGUUUCAAGCUGA